AUGAGGCUCGAAGUGUCUCAAGCCUUUUCCCGGGGAACCAAAUAUUUUCUCGUCUUUUACACUAUCAUCUCCUUGAUCCUUACUGCAAGGCACUUUUAUUCAUAUCAUGCUUCCGAAGGUACCGACGACGAUGCUGCCAUCUUUCCGAGAGCCGAUGAGAACAAAGCGGAGAUCCCUUUGCUGAACUCUUCUUCUUCUUCUUCCUUGUCGCAUUCCAAGAAUUCGUCGUCGCAGCUGCAAGUUGACCAUCAAGCUCUUGCUCAGUCCUCCGAUUCGUCUUCGCAUCCUGAUGUUGCAUGGCCACUUGACAAUGGCUACAGCCAACGCAUGGACGAGGACUAUGUACUAUCCAAGAUCUUUUCAGAAGCUAUGGGACCUUCCAAUCUCACGCCAUACUAUCGCCGAGCCAGUGCACUUGUGGAAAAGAAUGAUAUCACCAUGGCAACAUUGGUGACACGAAAUCGUUUCAAGGUCUUGAGUCGGUUAGCAACGCAUUACAAAGGCCCCAUCUCGGCAGCCAUCCAUGUCAAUGAUGAUGAUAGCAAGCAAGAAGUGUUGGACGAGCUGCAUGCUGUGUACCAAAGCAACCCCGACAUGCAAUCGUAUGUGGACAUUCAUUUGAUGUUGGACAACUUUGAUCGACAAUUCAACCUUUGGCGUAAUGUGGCCAAGUUUUUUGCACGUACGGAUUAUAUCAUGAUGCUCGAUGUGGAUUUCCAUUUAUGCACCAACUUUCGCCAACGUAUCCGCAAUGAUCCCAAAAUCAUGGCCUUGCUCGAUUCGGGUUCAGCCGCGUUGGUUGUACCGGCUUUUGAAUAUGUGGCCGGCGAGGAUGGUCUCGAUUGGCGUACCUUCCCAACCAGCAAAUCUAAUCUCCUGGAAGAAGUCGAAUCAGGCAAACUUGACAUGUUCCACAAAUCCUGGUUGAGAGGACACGGCUCUACCAACUACACAAAGUGGUAUGCUUCCGAUGAUUUGUACAAGGUCGUCGAUUACAACUUCAGCUAUGAGCCAUACAUCAUCUACAAAAAGGAAGGGUCGCCAUGGUGUAGUGAACGUUUCAUUGGUUACGGUGCAAAUAAGGCAGCUUGUCUCUAUGAGAUCUACAUUUCUGGUAUCGACUAUUGGGUGCUCCCUGAUGAUUUCUUGAUUCAUCAAACACAUGAAUAUCCAGAGGCAACACGGAGAAAAGAGCGCCAAUACAAUCGAAAACUCUACAGCAACUUUAGGGAAGAGCUGUGUCUACGAUAUGCACGGUUAUUCGUUUCCACAGGUGACUGGGACUCCUCCAAGGCCGACAAUCUGCGAGAUCAAUGCCACCGCAUCCGCGGUUUUCGCUCAGCAAUGAACCUUGCCUAA